AUGAUUAGAAGGAUUUCAUCGAAUUACCUAUUCUUCGCGUUAGGGUUUCUGCUUUCCACCGCAAUCCCGUUCGCUAACGGUGAAUCAUCCACAUGCUUGACGGUUUACAAAAACGGCGGUGCUCCGGCGGUGUUCCAAUCCCCGAAAUGCCCCCGCUGGAGACUCUUCGAUUACGAUUCUCCUCGUCAAACUACAACGCGUUGCCAGUCCUCGAUGCUCCAGGGACGAAGAAAAUCACAAGAGGAUCGCACUCUUUGCGUCCUCGAUGUUCGCAUUCCGUUCCCCGGUCCGGUGGGGGUUAGGGAGGUUGUAGUUGGAAUUGUGGCGGUUUUCGAUGGUCAUAACGGUGCUGAAGCUAGAACAUUGCUUCACAGGCGAGACCAUGAUCAUGUAAACUUAUUGCAUAGAUGGAAAGAAAUUUUAGGUUGGCAAUGGCAUGAACUGCAUUCUGAAAGGUUGCGGAAUGUAUUUUCUGCUAAUUUUGAUGAUUCUAUUCACUUGGAAAUUUUGAAGGAAGCAUUGUUGAGAGCAAUCCGUGAUAUUGAUGCAAAGUUUUCUGAGGAAGCCUCUAGAAAUAACCUUCAUUCAGGAUCUACAGCAACAGUUGUAUUGGUUGCUGACGAUAAAUUUUUGGUUGCCAAUAUUGGAGACUCUAAGGCUUUCUUGUGCUCUGAAAAUUUUCAGUCUCCUAAGGAGGCUAAAGCCUCCUUAUUAAAGCUAUAUAGGCAGACAGAGCGUGAUGGUUCUGUUUCUGUGUGGGAUCGUGAAAAGUAUAGAUUAGCUUCUUCCCACGGGCUCAAUCAUUUUGCAGUGAAGGAAUUGACUAGGGAUCAUCAUCCAGACAGAGAGGAUGAAAGAACUCGGGUGGAAGCUUCUGGUGGUCAAGUUCUAAAUUGGGGUGGUUUGCCUCGUGUAAAUGGUCAGUUGGCCAUUACACGAGCUAUCGGUGAUGUGUUAUUUAAAAGUUAUGGAGUUAUAUCUGUCCCAGAAGUGACUGAUUGGCAGCCUCUAACUGCUAAUGAUAGCUACUUGGUGGCUGCAUCUGAUGGGGUCUUUGAGAAUAUGGACAAUAUGGCAGCAGUCGUUGUUCCUCUGGAAUCGGCCAACUCUUCUGGGAACUCGCUUAGAAGAAGCUACACUGAAAAUGGUGAUGCAGGUUUCCCAUUAUUUGGUAUGCAGGAAUCUGCUUACAGAAGCUCAGCUAAUGAUAUCACCUCUGGUCUAUUGCACGUGGAGCACACUCGUCUGCUAGAUACCAAGUUUAAGCGAAUAUUGGUUGAGGUGAAACAUGGUGAUUUUGGAUGUUUUUAUUUAGCAGAAAAUCUUGAUGAUUCAGUGGAAUCUAAAUGGCCAGCCAAAAAAGAUGACUGGGAAGACUAUUUGUAUGAACUACCCCAGCCUUUACCAAAUGACCUUCAUCAACAAGCUGAAGUAGACGGCCCUAUAAUUUUGUACAGCGACCAAAACUUCUGCUUUUACCUGAGCUCAACUAUCAAUGAAGCCAAAGACCAAUGCAUAAAUCCUGAAGGCUUUGCCAGUUUUAUUGGUCUUCUUGGAUCAAUUCCUUUACAUGAUACAGGUUCAGAUAAUAGUUCUUCUGACUAUUCGAUGCCUGAUUCAAGGUAUAUACUAAGGAGGAGUUUUGGUCGUGGAUCAUAUGGUGAAGUAUGGUUGGCUUUUCAUUGGAAUUGUAAUCAGGAUAAUAUUACUGCAGAAAUGAGCACGGGUGACAAUAGUAGGAACAGAAGCUCAAGUAGUUCUGAGUGUCUGGAUGGUCCUUCUAACUACACCCUGUACAUUUUGAAACGUAUAAUGGUAGAGAAAGGCUCUGCUGUGUACUUAAGUGGGCUGAGGGAAAAAUAUUUUGGCGAAAUUUUUUUAAAUGCCUCUAUGUGCUUUGGAGAUGUGCUAUUGGCUGGAAAAUCAAACUGUGUAUUUGAAACAUCACAACAAUAUGGGUCUGAGUAUUCAUUUCAAGACAAAUUUCGACUGCAAGGUGCCAUAUAUGAAGAAGGUUUGAACCAUAUUGCAAGAUAUGUGGAAUCUUUUGAGUCUCGGUCCAAUGAAAUAUGGCUUGUGUUCAGUUAUGAAGGAGUUUCGUUGUCAAAGCUUUUAUAUACUGCAGAAGAUGCAAACAAUACAGCUGAGAAAGAAAAACUUGAGCAGGUGAAACAAGUUCAGAUACUACACCCAUCAAAGUGGUGGCGUUGGUUGAAAACAACAGAAGAAGGGCAAGAAGAAAUGCGGAACCUUAUCUGGCAGCUGUUGUUGGCACUCAAGUCUUGUCAUGACCGCAAUAUCACACACAGGGACAUUAAACCUGGUAAGACAUGGGGGUAG